GUCUGUGGGCAGGAAUCAUCAUCUGCUCCUUCUCUCAGGCUGUGUGCUUCCUCGCUUUUAUCUUGAGACUCAAUUGGAAACAGGCCUGCCAACAGGCUCAAGUACAUGCCAAUUUGAAGGUAAACGUGGCACUGAAUGGAAAUCCUGCUGCUUCUCAGGAGCCAGUUCACCCAGAUGAAAACAAAUCUUUUCAAGUUGCUAAUGAAGAUCUUUUGCCCCCACCCCCACAGUGGGUCCUGAAAACCAUGGAGAAAUUUUGAUGAGCAAUCUUGAAAAAAAAGAUGAGACUCACUUGGACCAGCAGAUGCAACAGCAACAACAGCAACAACCUGAGCCUGUCCAUCCAAAGGAUAGCAGCAAAUUGUCUGGGAAACAGUUGGUGCUGCGACGAGGACUCCUGCUCCUGGGAGUUGUUUUAGCCUUGGUGGUGGGAAUUUUAGUUAAAGUCUAUGUCAGAACUGAGUGAUGUGGAAGAGUCAGAUCAAACGAUACAGACACUCCUUGAUUUCAGGGACAACUCCUGACAAAUCCAUCCCAAGUUGAAAAUAACCAUGUCAGGGUUGGGAGUGUAGCUCAGUGGUAGAUCACAUGCUUAGCAUGUUCAGGGCUAUCUAACAAGCACACACACACACACACACACACACAC